GGUAUGUUGUUUGGCUAUAUGCCUCUCGCCUCUCGCUCCGUAGGUAGAGGCAGUCAGUACGAUCGCCAUUGCGUCCGGGUGACGCCGCGUUUCCCGCGCGUUCUCUAUUCGAACCAUAGACAAAUCGAAUAUUAUCCCGAAUCCCGCGUAAAGUCAAAUAUGGGGAGGUCAAUAUUGGCGGUGUUGGCGCUGGUAUCCCUGGUUCAGGGUCAAAGGGAGACCUGUCUUUCCGUUGAUGAAGACCCCUAUCUCCUCUUCGGUCUGAAAACAGCAUACCUGUUCGCCAACAAAGGGAUUCCUGCAGUACGGACGCACGAUGUUCCUGGUUGCCAGCCCAUGGCCCUGUGGUUGUUGAACCGCCACGGCUCGCACAACCCUGAGGCCGACGAGAUAUCUGACCUGCAGAAGUUGACAGACUUCAAGAAUAACAUUCUCGACAACUAUCGGAGUCGCAACAACAUUCGAGAUGAAAGGAUCUGCCAAUCAGACGUGAACCUGCUGAGUCGGUGGGAGUGGAACCCUCGCCACAACGCGACCUUCGCCGGUGACCUGACCAGCGACGGCUACAUCACCACCCAGCAGCUCGCUCAGGCUUGGAGGCAGAAGUUCCCGGGACUCCUCACCAAUAAUCGGCAUGAUUACUUGUUCAAGUUCGUAAACAACGAGCGCCUAAAGACGUCAUUCCGCGCGUUCACCGAGGGUCUGUUCCGCGCCCAGGCUGAGGAGCUGGACAUCGUCAAGCAGACUGAUGAGAAGCUGUUGAUGCCAUACAAGUCGUGCAGCGCAUGGAUCAAUGAUGUAGAGAAGAAUAAUGAGACUUAUUACCAACAGUUUAUCUUCGAGUCGAAACGAGAGUACAGAGAGAUGAUAUCGAACAUAUCCCAGCGGCUGGGUUUCAGCUGGGACAUCCACGAGGACAUCAUCCGACGCAUCUACAAUAUGUGCCGGUAUAACAAGGCUUGGGACGUCACGCAGAUUUCACCCUGGUGUGCCGCGUUCACAAGAGAGGACCUGAAACGCCUGGAGUACGCCGAAGACCUGAACACCUACUACAAAUACGGCUACGGUACACCCAUCAACCAGCAGAUAGGCUGUACUCUUGUCAAGGAUAUGAUGGACUUCCUCACCAACCACGUCGAACGAGAGCCUCCCCAACAGCCGCGCACAGUGAUCCACUUCACGGAGGCGCCGACCAUCCUGAUGACCCUGGCAGCCCUGGGCACCCAUCGCGACUCUGCCCCACUGACUGGCGACAACUACCACACCAACACGGCGCAGUCCCGCAAGUGGGCCACCUCCAGCAUGCUGCCUUACAACGCCAACCUCGCCGCUGUACUUUACAAAUGCACACCGAACGGUAACUUCCAAUACAACGAUAGAUAUCAAGUGCUAUUCCUUGAAAACGAGAAGACAAUGUAUCUUGAUGGUUGCAAAGUCGGCCUUUGCGAUUGGUCUUACGUCAAGAGCCGAUUUGGAGAAGUAGCUGACAAGUGCAACUUAGACGUAUGCAACGGUGGUAAUAGGAACUCUUAUUUAGGCGUCGCUGUUAUAUUGGCUGUUGUUACAAGGUAUUUGUUGUAAAGUCGGUUAUUGAAGCUGUUACUUUAAAGAUCUGUCAG